ACCCGAGCCCACUGGUGACGUUUUGUCACGUGAUCGGGAGCCAACGUAUGCAGAAGUCCCUCUUCUCCAGGUACCAGCUCCUUAUCUCCGUGGAGGAAGGCAGACUUGAGACUGAGGGACAGACGGGGAGCAACUGCCCUAUAGCCCUGCAGGUCAUCAGGUGUUUGGUUGUAGGGAUCAGCGUAGCCAAGGAGAGAAAAGACCUGCAGUACCAGUGCAGGAGAGGCAAAAAAGGACAAUUUCAACAUGGAAAAGUUCUACAAAGAAAAUGAAGGAAAGCCAGAAAGCAAGGGAAAGGCAGAAGAUAAAGGAAGUACAGAAGAGGAAGGAAAUGCAGAUGAAGACAAGUCAGACGCAGAGGGGAAGCCAGCUCCUCGUGAAGGGAAGCUAGAGGAUGAGGGAAAGCCAGGUGAGCAGGGACAAUCGAAAGGUGAGGGAAAAACAGAAAAGCAGGGAAAGUCUGAAGGUGAGGGCAAGCGCCAAGGGGAGGGCAAGCCCGAUUCCCAGGCAAAGCCAGCCAGCGAACCCCGGGCCGCAGAAAAGCGUCCUGCUGAAGAUUACGUGCCCCGGAAAGCAAAACGGAAAACAGACAGGGGGACAGACGAUUCCCCCAAGGACUCUCAGGAGGACAGGCAUGUAAGCAGUGAGGAGAUGAUGAGAGAGUGUGCAGAUAUGUCAAGGGCUCAGGAAGAGCUGAGGAAAAGGCAGAAAAUGGGUGGUUUUCCCUGGAUGCAGAGAGAUGCACAGGAUGCGUUCGCCCCCAGGGGCCAGCGUGGAGUCAGGGGAGCGCGGGGUGGAGGCAGGGGCCAGAAAGACUUAGAAGACGGUCCCUAUGCUUAAUGUCUUUGGCCUUUGAUUCUGAUUUCUCUGAUGGGAAAUAUUGCCAUCCCUGCUUUCCCUGGCAGGCAUUUGCCGGGCUAUGUGCUUUAACCUUAUGCUGAUACUUUCCUUUAGGUGUCACUCUUGUUACCAGCAGACAGUGCUCUUUUAGUACAGGACUUUCACCCAUGUGCAUGGAAAAGAUGUUCAUGGUAUAUUGUAAAAUAAUAAAGAUAACAGUUUGCAGAACCACACA